CAGGAUCAGAGAAGAGUGUGUGAGUGUGUGUGUGUUUGUGUGUGUGUCUAGGAAGAGUGUGUGCAGCCACCGGAGCCGCUUCACAGCAGAGGAGAAGAAAGGAGCAGCACGAGUCUUUUCGCCAUGGCUAAGUCGCCAACUUUUUGAUGUUGCAACUGAAAUUUAUUGCAGUCAUUCAUGAAUGUGAAGAUGCCACUUUCUGACCCCACAGAUACCCUCAUCUCUAGAGCCUUCCCCUUGGACUUCUUUUCCACAAGUGUACACCCUACAGAGCCCUACACAGCGGACAGCUUUAUCGCCAGUGCCAGUAACAUCAGCAACACCAGCGGGAUAGGCAUCCUUCGCUGCACCUAUAAGGAAGACUUUAAACGUAUUUUACUCCCUGCUGUGUACACUUUUGUCUUCCUGCUCGGCCUUCCUCUCAAUGCUGUUGUCAUACUGAAAAUAUGGAGGACGAGGCCCAAUCUGUCCAAAAACAACAUCUAUAUGCUCAACUUGGCUAUAGCCGACUUUCUGUAUGUGAUGUCACUGCCCUUGCUCAUCUACAACUACGCCAGUCAUGACUACUGGCCCUUUGGGGAGUUUGCCUGUAAGCUGGUCCGGUUUCAGUUCUACAGUAAUCUGCAUGGCAGCAUCCUCUUCCUCACCUGCAUCAGUGUGCAGCGCUAUGUUGGCAUUUGCCAUCCUUUUGCGAUGUGGCACAAGCAGGGUGGUCGCAAGAUGACGUGGUGUAUCUGUGUAGGGGUUUGGCUGGUUGUCGCCAUCCUAUGUGCGCCAACGAUUCACUUCGCUGCGACAGGAAUCCAGCGCAACCGCACAGUGUGCUAUGAUUUAAGUCCACCAAAGCUUUCAGUAGACUACUAUCCUUAUGGCAUGACUCUGACCUGCCUUGGCUUCUUGUUGCCUUUUAUGGGUGUGAUGGUGUGCUACUGCCGGAUGGCCCAGAUCCUCUGCCGCCCAGUGUCCUACCAGGGUGUCUCCAUGGCGACUGGGGAGAAACGGGACAAGGCUGUGAGGAUGAUCAUUGUGGUGGCGGCAGUGUUCUGCAUAAGCUUCCUGCCAUUUCACCUCACCAAGACCAUGUACCUGGUCAUACGCACUCUGCCCAGUGCGCCCUGCGAGACGAGGAACUUGUUUUCAAUCAUCUAUAAGAGCACCAGGCCGUUCGCCAGCAUGAACAGCUUCCUGGACCCUAUUCUGUUUUACUUUACUCAGCCACAAUACCGACAGAGCACCAGAAGGUUUGUACUUAGAGUCACCACUCUCAGGGACAAGGGCACCAGUGUGUGAGCAAACAGGAAAUCAUAUUUUGCAACAGUGUUUCUUAAAGUCUUGUUGGUACACCAGUGACGGAUCCCGCUGCAAAGUGGUACAUGUAUUGGUUGCUGAGUUCUUCAAACACUGUUCCUCAUUUUAUUGUACAUGUAUUGAAAGCUGCUCUUCAAGCUUUUAACUGUUACUCACUGUAACAAAGAAUUGUACCUUCCUAAGAGGAUCUAACAAAGAUUUAGAGGGACUGGCAUAUCAAGAAGCCUUCUGAAAUACAGCAUGAAGGUCGUGAUCUUGUAAUGUGGAAGGUAAACAGACUGAAAAAAGUAUGAGGUGAAAAAUCAUAUCCUCCUCCUACUUACAUUAUCUUGAAUUGGCCUUACCCAGCACAGACUAUGGGUGAAUUCAUGCAUUUUGGACACUUGUUGAUUCUGUAAUGUCUUUAUUUAAUAAUUUUCUUGGCUGAGGAAUACAUGUGCUGAUUAUAUUGUCAGCAUUUCAAGGCAUUCACAUUGUGCAUUAUCUGUGAGAUGUUUGCUUUUAGCCUCUGCUGCACUGGGUAGUAAAGAAGAAGCUUUUAUCUUUUUCUUUUUUUUUUUGUAAAUUAGAUUUUUUUUUUUUUUUUUUUGUUUCACACUGUGAAUUGUACAGUAAAGAAAUAAAUCCUCUAACAUAGUAACUCCAGCAGGUCCCCACAGAUUAUGCAGGACUUUGCAUUGAAGAGGAUUUUUAGAUACAGUUGAUAUGGAGAUAUGCAUGGUGAAAGAGAGAAGGACAGAACAACUGAUUAAACUUUUUGGGAUAAAAUUAUUACUAGUAAGCCAUGUAAAAUGCUAAAAUUGACUGUAAAUGUUUAUGGCUGCAUGAAGUACUUGUGUGUGGAAAUGAACUGGUACUGGGGAGAAACACACUGCAAAAACAGAAUUGCAAAAACAUAGCAGUUGAAGUAGUGAGAAUAAGAUUGAAAUGAAUAAUGUACGUGCAUUUUUAUUCAAAUUAGAAUUAUACUUUCACAUGAAGGUCUCCACUGUUUUUCCCUUCAAAUGACAUGUUUCAACAAGAUUCAAGCUGUAAAGCCUGUUGUUGCAUGUUUUCACCACUGGAUGGUGUUUGCGCCCUACUACUGGAACAGCACUGCACUGAAAUGUUGGCUCUGUCCUUUCUAAAAAGGGGUUCUUUAUUUACAUGUUAUCCAGUAAAGAUUAAAUCCAAUUUACAACUGUUAGGGGUAAACAGAUGCCAACAAAACUGUUCAGUAAAUAUCCAGCUCAUAGCACAUGAAAUAUGCCAUUAAUGUACAUUUUUUCCACAUAUUCUCUGAGUUCUCAUGUAAACAAAGGAAUCCAACAGAGGUGUCUAUACAUUGAUACAUUUUAAAUCCUUAUCAAACGCAUUAGAUGCUCAGAAGGAAGGAAAAAUGCAAUUUGUGAACCUUAGGGCAGCAGAAUCCUGCUGUUUUCCCACUUCCUGUGAGUGUGUGAAUCAUUCUCAUGAAAUUAGGAUUUCUAUCCCAAGAAAUCUGUCGAUGGAUGUACGGGUUAGAGAGAUAAUAGAAUAAUGAAAAGAUAGUAGGGAACGGAGAUGUUUCUGAAAAAACACUCUUAAAGGGGGUACCAUAGAGUGCCUGUGAGUUUUGUUGUACUUAGUUUACUGUUUUGAUAUCUCUAACCAGAUACAGGACAGUCUCAAUUUGUAAAGUCUGUACAAUGGAGGAAAUUGUCAUCUUAAACUUCCUCUACUGUUUCUUAUGGAGUUAUACCAUACUGAGUUUAUGGUUUGGUAAUCUGCAAUGUUCAUGAAAUGAACAUAAAUGCAUGUAAAUGGGAAGACUGAUGUUGUUUGUUGUUGCAUUUGUUGUGGUAUUUGUUGUAUUUUGUCAUGGAGUAGUGUUAAUUUAUAUGCUUUCAAAUUUUUUAUGUUUUUCUUUGUACUUAUUUGACCAGUUACAAACCGUAAUUUAUACAAACCGUAAAGAAAACAAUGGAAUUUAUCUUUUAUUGCUGCCCUUCAUGUUCCCUCAAUCUGUUUUGUCUAGACUGCAGUAGAGGCAGGUACUUUUUCACAACUUAAGUAAAGAUUUGUCUUCUCCGUGUAGCAUCCCUAGAAACAGUGAAUCUUAGCCCUGUGAUGAUAUUUCGACACUUCAGAUCUUAUUCCCAUAAGGAUUAGUAAAUCUUUGUAUGAAUUUGACCUCAUUUUGCAUUGCACUUAUGAGUAAUUGUGGUGUUUAGCUUAUGAGGUGAUUGGGUGGUGUUUGAUGCUGAAUGUGUUAACUGAAAUAAUUCAGUGCUGUUGUUCCAAAUUAAACUGAAAUGACUAAAAUAAUCUUUAUUUUAUUAGAAUAAUCUAACUGUACUACCUAAACAGUUCAAACGUGUAACUGCACUUUGAGUUUUUCACCCAUGAGGGAAAAAUAUUAUAAUUGUGAAUAUUGGUUUAAUGUGAACAUGUAAUUUUGAAGCAUUUUAGAUGCAAUGGACAUUUUGACCACAACAUGAGGUUAUGUGCUCUGUAAUGUGUGUAUGUCUGUACAGCGUGCAUAUUCAGUGAUGUAGUAAAUAGAAUAUUGUGCUCCUGGCUUCAGCAAAAAGUGGCCGCGCAGUCUUCUUGUUUUUGUGUCUGUUUGGUCAAAUAUUUACGAUAUUUUGUCUGAUUUAUUUUUUACACACAACUUUCUGUAACGUGUUGAGUGUGUGUGGUCAGUUUAGAGAGAUCCAGAUGUCUGUGUAUUGUGCCAACAUAUUUGUUUCAGUCAGUAUUAUUAAGAAGAACUCUUAUUUUUGUACAAUAAUGUAUCACAAAAAUAGAAUUUAUUUUUGUCAUGUAGAGAUAAUUAUGCUGAUGAAAUAGCAACAUUUAUGUUUUUUAGAUUUUUUUUUUUUUCUUGCCGUGCAGUCCCCUUGAGUUGCUUGUGAAAAUGUUUUGGUUGUUGUCAUAAUGUAAAACUAAAUGAAAGCAGGCAUUAAAAAAGUCAUUGUGAGCAA